GCAUCAUGAUCGAAGAAACAUCAAUGUCGGCCUGUGCAUGGAGGAGCUAGGAGACUGCAGAGAGAACGGGGACAGAGAUUGUAAGGGUCAGGGCCCGGAUCGUUGCUGCAACGGGCAGUUCUGCUGCGAGGAGAAGUACUUCAACCAUCUCAAGAGUUUACCCUGCGUUAACCAUGAUAUGUGCAAGGAUCUAGGAUACGGAGACUUCUGUUGUCCCGUGAAAGGAAGCAACACUACAAGUUCUGUUUGCUGCAACACUAACCCCAACCCCCCACCAACUAGACCACCACCUAAAGUUGGGCCUCUCAGUGGCUCUUCAACAAUUCUUCCGGCGAUGUCAUUGCUUACGUUAAUCCUAUCUGCUUUCUUCUGGUAAACUAGUUCAGUUAACAGUGCAUAGAUGGCACUGCAUGUGAUAACGUGAAGGAUGAAAAAAGAACAAAGUGAGAAUUCCCAGUGUUUAAAUUAGCAUUCAGAAUGCUUCUGUUAACUUGAGGCCUAUUCUACACUAUAGUAGAUACUCUUCAUAGUUCAAAUAAAAAGACUGUUUAAUGUCAAGUUCAAAAGAUGUGAAGAAUUAAAGUUGAAAUAUCAUUAUUUACAAGAACUCGGACAUAUUUAUUAUCUCAGAAUUACUGCGCUUGUUGAAGCAUUCAUAAAAAUCUUGGAAUGUAUCUUAUCCUUAGAAUAAGAAAGCAAUAUAUAAAUAUUAUAUUUCUCUAAAAACUUUCAAACUCUAUUUUGGAAUUAUAGUUGGUUGAUGUUGAAUUUAAAAGCAAGAUCUGAGCUCUCUUAUGAAACUAAUCUACUGUCUAACCUGAAUCUUAUUUUAAAGAAAAAACAUGGCUUACCUUGUGUUUUAUGCUUAAAUUAAGCAGCCAUAAGCUUCAGGUUGUGAAAAAUGAAAAAGGUGUCAGUAGAUGAGCGUAAAUCAUUCUCAUUCAUUUUUAAAAAAAUUGUCCGUAAAGUCUAAAUGUAGUAGCCUAUAUAUCUAUAUUUAUUCAUAGAAAACAAGAUUUACCUUUCGAUCCUAAAGAUGUUCUUAAUUAGUUGAUGGAGAAAAAAAUCUGAAUUUAUUCAACCAAAUCAAAUCUUCUAAAAUUCUCAAAUAUUUACAAUGUAAAUAUACAAUAAUAGUUGCUCGGUGGAAAAUUUAGCCUCGAAUCUCUAGAUCCUCCAUUUUGUAUCAGCUGUUUCAAAAUGCAGAAUAUCAGCUGUGCCAAAAUGGCGGUUCGUCAGCUGUGCCUAUAUUGUUGCAAGUCAGCUGUGGCAAAAUGGCGGAUAAAAUGUGAAUUGUAAUAAAUGUGAAUGUUUGUACCGAUUAUUAAUAAAUAGUUUUACCUUUA